AUGUUCUGGCGUUGCGAGCACCAUACUACAGUCGUCAAAUCCCAGUCGCGUCACAGUCCGAGCUCAGAAUUUAAUUUUAAGGCCAAAUUUAAUUUUAAGGUCAAUACCAGCUUAAUCGCCACACAAAACGUCGAGACAAUUGCCAGGAUAUUCCUCGACUUGGUAGAUCUGUCCGAAAUCAUGUUUAUGGAUGAUCCUGCUUACAUAGAAUGUUGCUGUCGUCCAGCUGUCGCUACUGGAAAUGAGCGCCCAGAUAUCCACUCGAGCAAGCAAGGAGGGUAUGACUUCGCUGGUUCCGGUGUCGGCUGGGAUGGGCUUGUUUAA